GGCUUCAGCUGCUUUUCCUCAGGGAGCUCUGUGCUCAGCCUGAUCCCAAACUACAGCUGCUAAUCCCACCAGAGCAGAAGAGGAUCUGCUGUGCACACACCUGAGAGGACCAGCGGCAGCCGGCCCUGCACCACCAUGGACUUCAUCUUCCAGUUGCUGUUCUCUCCCCUCCCCACCCCAGUCGUCAUCUCUCUAAUCGCUGUUGGAGUUGCGACCCUGUUUUACCUGAACUCCCGGCCCAGUCCUCUCCGCAGCCCAGCUGACCUCAACCGCCAAACUUUAGGCAUCAAGGAUGGUGCCAGAAAAUCUGCCUUGCUGGAGGACAACAACAACCUGACGUCAUUUUACUGCAGUGAUGCCAAAACCCUGUACGAGGUUUUUCAUAGAGGCCUAAAAGUUUCAGGAAACGGGCCGUGUUUGGGCUACAGACAGCAAGGAAAGCCUUACCAAUGGAUCAAGUAUAGACAGGUCUCUGACAGAGCCGAACAUCUCGGGUCAGGACUGCUCCACCGAGGUCUGAGGCCCAACACGGACACCUUCAUCGGCAUCUUCGCUCAGAACAGACCCGAGUGGAUCAUCGGCGAGCUGGCGUGUUACACCUACUCCAUGGUGGUGGUUCCUCUGUACGACACGCUGGGUCCUGAGGCGCUCGUGUUCAUCAUCGACCGAGCCGACAUCUCCACGGUUCUCUGCGACAAUCAGAAGAAGGCAGAAAUUCUGCUGGAGAACCGGGAAAAAGGCCACACGGCGGUUCUGAAAACUAUCGUCGUCAUGGACGCCUUCAGCCCAGAGCUGGUUGAGCGUGGAGCCAAGUGUGGGGUGGACAUCAUGUCCAUGCAGGACUUGGAGGCGCUGGGGAAAAGUCAUCCACAAAAGCCCAUUCCACCGAAGCCGGAGGACCUCAGUAUCGUUUGCUUCACCAGCGGCACUACAGGAAGCCCCAAAGGAGCCAUGCUGACCCAUGAAAAUGUGGUCGCUGAUGCUGCCGGUGUCAUCAAAACCUUUGAGUCAUCGGUCAUUCCAUCCACGGAGGACGUCAGCAUUUCCUAUCUGCCGUUGGCGCACAUGUUUGAGAGGAUCGUGCAGAUCGUGGUCUUUGGCUCUGGAGCCAGGGUGGGGUUCUUCCAGGGGGACAUCCGGCUGUUGCCAGACGACAUGAAAACGCUGCAGCCCACCAUCUUCCCGGUGGUGCCUCGACUUCUCAACCGCGUGUACGACAAGGUUCAGAGCGGAGCCUCGACGCCGCUCAAAAAAUGGCUGCUGAACUUCGCCGUGGAGAGGAAAUACGCCGAGGUGAAGGAGGGCGUCAUCAGGAAGAACAGCGUCUGGGACAAACUCAUCUUCAACAAAGUCCAGGAGUCUCUGGGCGGUCGUGUGAGGAUCAUGGUGACCGGAGCAGCACCCAUAUCACCGUCUGUCCUCACCUUCCUCAGGGCCGCUCUGGGCUGCCAGAUCUUUGAAGGAUACGGUCAGACGGAGUGUGCAGCCGCCUGCACCUUCACCAUGCCAGGAGACGCCUCAGUCGGUCAUGUUGGUGUGCCGCUGCCUUGUAACUUUCUGAAGCUGGUUGAUGUUGAAGAAAUGAACUACUUUGCUUCAAAUGGUGAAGGGGAGGUUUGCAUCAAGGGUACAAAUGUGUUCAAAGGCUACUUGAAGGACCCGGAGAGGACCGCAGAGGCUUUAGAUAAAGAUGGUUGGCUCCACACUGGGGAUAUUGGAAAAUGGCUUCCAAGUGGAGUUUUAAAGAUAAUCGACCGUAAGAAGAACAUCUUCAAGCUCGCUCAGGGCGAGUACAUCGCACCGGAGAAGAUUGAAAACGUGUACGUUCGCAGUGGCCCCGUGGCUCAGGUCUUUGUGCACGGAGACAGCCUGCAGUCUUGCCUGGUUGCUGUGGUGGUCCCGGACGCCGACGUUCUGCCGGGCCUUGCAAAAAGUCUCGGCGUCCAAGGCUCCAUGGAGGAACUCUGCAAGAACACGGAAAUUAAGAAAGCGAUAGUUUCAGACAUGACCAAACUCGGAAGAGAAGCGGGUCUCAAGUCUUUUGAACAGGUGAAGGUCGUGCACCUCCACCCUGAGCUCUUCACCAUCGAGAACGGCCUUUUGACCCCCACCCUGAAGGCCAAAAGAGCCGAGCUCAAAUCUCUGUUCCAGCUUCACAUCGACCAACUUUAUGCCAGCAUCCAAUAAAUUAAACACA